UUCUACUCCAUCCGUGCGCGGAGUGCGCCAGCGUCGGAAUGGCAUGAACUUUCCUGCACUGUCAUUCUGCAACAAUGUGUUUUAAGUAAUCCAACGCAUCGUACUGGGAUCCCUGGCGGAGCCAAAUGCAAUAUUGGAGCGGAUGAAAAGACAGUCAGCUUGUUUCUAGAGCCCUGUCUUCAUCCGUAUGGAUGUGAGAACACCUUGUGCGCGAACGGCGGAGCUGUGGAACCUCGGAAUCCUGCAAGGAUGAGUGUGAUGCCCGCUAUAGACUCCUCGGCAUCCGGCUAUCAGCCAGCACAACUACUAAACUGGGUCUAUCUCUCUCUACAAGAUUCUCCGGCCAAUGCAUUCGAGGCAUUCAGACCCGAAUCUAACUCACCUUACACGGAUCUAAAGUCCAGGAAGCCUGGCGAUGAAGAGUUGGAUUCUUCACUCGGCUCCAGCUAUCUGAACAGCUUCAUGCGACUGCAGAGCGGCGAGAUGCUGGGUAGAGGUCUAUAUAAAGACUCCUCCCCCUGUGGGUCCAUCACUAACAUCGUGGACAGCCUCAGCUCCCUGACAGAUCACUUCUGUGACCUAUCAGUGAACUCUGAACCCCGCAAACUCAGCAAGAGACCACCACCCAAUUACCUGUGCCACCUGUGCUUCAACAAGGGUCAUUACAUAAAGGAUUGUCCUCAGGCCCGGCCAAAAGGCGAAGGUCUGACACCUUACCAGGGCAAGAAGCGCUGUUUUGGGGAGUACAAAUGCCCCAAGUGCAAGAGGAAGUGGAUGAGCGGCAACUCGUGGGCCAACAUGGGGCAGGAGUGCAUCAAAUGCCACAUUAACGUCUACCCACAUAAACAGCGCCCCCUGGAGAAGCCUGAUGGCCUGGAUGUGUCUGACCAGAGUAAGGAGCACCCGCAGCACUUGUGUGAGAAGUGUAAGGUCCUGGGCUACUACUGCCGGCGAGUGCAGUAAGACCUGGGCCACACUCCAGCUCAAACUGCCUGCAGAAACACAAACAUCUUCACAGCCUGGGGACCAUGACACACCUGAAACAUUCUCACCUGAGCCAAGUUAGCCAGAAUAUUUUUUUCCUGAAACACACAUCAUAAUCAGCGCUGUACAGACAAGGUAUAGACAUCCAGACUCAGUGUUCUAAGAUGGUUAUCGACUCUGGCCCAUAAAUCUAAAACCUGGUCCUCAAUGCUGUAAUCAUUGUUGUUAUGUCAUAGAAUGCAGGGUUUCAGCUCUUCAAGGUCCAGGUACUACCGAUUUUCCACACUCCCUUUACUUAAGAAUCAAAUGUGGUGACAAAGUGGCCAGCUAGUUAAAUAAACCAGGGCAUAAAAUGGAUAUGACAUCUUGAUUUGGAAUAUCUUUACAGAUUUUAAUUUCUAGAACUUUCUCUAAGUGUGAAACAUUUGGUUGAAAAUUCUAAAGUCUAUACUGACUGAAAUGUUUCGAGCUUUUCUGUGCCUUUUGGCUCCACUGCUAUCCAAGAAAAGGAUUUAUUAACAUAAAAAACCAAGCAAUGUGUGUUGUAUGUACUACAUUAAAUAUGUAAAAUUAGUAACAAUCAUGCAACAGCCAUUCAUUCAGAGAAUGUGAGGAUACUUUAUUUAUAUCUCAAUAACACUGUUAGUCUAUUUGUUUUACUCCACUUAUCUGUGUGCAUUGUAUGUGAGAGAGAGAGAGAGAGAGAGAGAGAGAGAAAGAAAGAAAGAAAGAGAAAGUGAGGGAGAGAGGGAGGGGGGAAGAAUGGGAGAGACAGAGGGAGAAGGAAGGAGAGAGAGGGAUAUUUCCUUCUUCAGUUUUCCAUUUUCAGUGCCAAAUAAUUGUACAGUAUUUUGCAGUGCCUUAUAUAUCAGCUCAGUGACUGUUUCAACUGUGAAUUCAGAAAGGCAGUUAUCCUUGUGAGAACCUCACUAUUAUUACAAGGGGCCCAUCACACAAAGUAAUGUCUUUGGUCAGUAAAGGGUUCAGAAUAAGGGAUACUUUCCUAUGAGGAUAGCAGUUUAUUCUGUUAUAUCAAAGUGAACCUGCUACCAUAUAAGGAGUCCACUUUUUCAUAAACUAUUUUCUGUUCAAAGAUGUUGCUUAAUUUAAAGAAUAUUAAGUGCUAGUAAUUAUAUUCAGAAAAAAAAAUCAUUCAAUCCUUAGUCCAGAUCUCAGGAGGUCAUUAUAUGUAUCUUUUUUAUGUGGCUGUAUUUUCAUGUAACUGAUGUUCCGCAGGCAGAAUUUCUAUUUUCUAUUUUCACGUUAGCUAGUUCUUUUGCUAGCGCCCUCACAAUGUAUUUUUUGUGACCGUAAUUAUAGACUAGGCAGCUCUGAAAAUACAUGCAGUAUUUUGCUAACUUGGACCAGCACAUAGAUGUAUUCGUUUUUAAGAUGCAGUUAUCUAACUAGAUGUAAAUUGGCAGAAAUAUGUUUAGAGUGUGUGUUAACUUGACUUUGCUGACAUGGUAAUGGUGUUUACUUUGAGACUGGAAGGGUGGGGGAUAAGGAAGCUACCACUAGUUUAAACAGUAUUUUGUUCUGCAAAAAUUUGAGCUCAGGCCGAGUAUAUUUUUUAAAACCCUGCACUAGUGCCAUGCUCCUCAACCCAUUUCUCGGGGCCCCUCUGACUGGGUUGAGAAGCACUGCACUAGUUUUUUUUCUAUCCCAAGUUCCCAACACAUUAGAAACCAACUGAUAGGCCAUGAGGACUGAGCUGAGAAACACUGCACUAAAGGUUGUUGUUUAGUAUGUGCAAUAAUUCAUAGGAAGUACUCACUAAGCACUCACUAAGUUCUGUGUCCUCUUGGACCUUUAGCAGUUCACCUUUUUGCUGUGUCCCAGUUAAAACACCAGCACUUAAAACCAGGAUGGUAAAACCCCUGGCAAAAAUGAUGGAAUCACCACAUGCAUCUUUUUUACUUUGUAGCAAAUAAAUCACAGAUAUGAUUUUUUUGUUUAAUAGCUGAACAUUCUGGCUUCAUGAAACAUAACUCAAACAAAUAAAAACUAUUUUAAUUAAUGGCAUUUUUUUUUCUGAAUUAAAUAAAGGGAAAAGUAUGGAAUGACAAUGUUGAGGAAAAUAUUACAGAAUCACCUUAUAAUUUGCAUCUCUAAAACAAAUACCCACACAAGUGUAGUAAUGCAGAUUAGUCUGCAGUUAAAAAGGGAGUGCUUACAGAUCUUAAUGAGGUGUUGCACUUGGCUAAUUGAACGAAAACAUGGCCCCAACAAGCGAGUUAAUUGAAAGAAUGGAAAAAAUAAUAACUCCUGCAAGAAGGAAAUCCAAUAUGGAGUGUGGCGUAAGAUAUUGGUUGUAUUUUGGUGUAAGUACAAACAAAAUAAGAGGUUUAUAAAAGAAAAACAUAUGGGUAAACAAAGGAAGGCGUCAAAACACCAGGAGAGAACACUCAAAGCAAUAUGCCUUGAAAAUAGAAAAUAUGCAACAAAACAAAUGAAAAAUGAAUGUUUUUGUCAAUAUUUUUGACAGAAAUAUGCUGAAUGAAAAGCCAAAGAACAAUGGUACCAUUGCCUUAAUAGAAGAACACCAGCACUAACACCUAAACAGAAGAACACCAGCACUAACACCUAAACAGAAGAAAACAAGGUUCCAGUGGAAUAAAGACAAGCAAUCAUGGAAUGUGAAUGAUUGGAUAAAGUGAUAUUUAAUGAAGAAUCAUAAAUCUGAUCCCGCCAAGAAGAUGAUGAUGGAAUGUUUGUUCGGUGCCGUUCUAAUGAAACACAUUUAGAUGGCUGAAGAAAACAACUAAAUUUCCCCACUCAUUUAUGAUAUGGUGCUGCAUGUCAGGUAAAGGACCUGGCAUUAAAAUCUUGGAUGGUAUUCUUAUUCCAUUGAUAGAAAGUUUGGUGUUAAUGAAGUCAUUUUUCAGGAUGAUGAUGCUUCUUGCUUUCCUUCACAAAAUACAUACCAACUGAAUGAUAUGGCCAGCAAAAAGUCUGGAGCUCAAUCUGAUUGAAAAUUUAUGGUGGAAAUUUAAAAAAUUGGUCCAUGAUAUGGCUCCAUCUGUCUCCAUCUGCAAAGCUGAUCUGUCAACUGCUAUUCGAGAAAGUUGGAACCAGCUUGAUGUUGAAUAUUGUUUUUCAUAAGUGAAGUUCAUGAAUCACAGAAUUCAGGCCACUAAAGCCAUUUUUGGAUGAUGAUUCUAUAUUUUUUCAUCUGCUUAGUCUGGAAAAAAUAAUGCCAUUAAUUAAAAUAAUUUAAUUGUAUUUGCGGUAUGUUUCAUGAAUAAUAUUCAGCUAUUAAGCAUAAAAUUGUGUCAUAUUUGUGAUUUAUUUUUUGCAAAGUAAAAGAACUGGGUGAGUAUCCUCUAAGUUAAUCAAAUUAUUUUUGUCAAACUCAGUUUUCUAGACUCAAGAAUCUUGAUAUAGGAAAAGACUAAAAAUGUGGUCUGGUAGGGGUUCUUCUAGAACUGAUCUAGACAGUAAAACUGAAGAAAUCUGACAGUUAUUUUUGAGUACAGGAGCCCAUCUCUGUCCUAGAGAUCUAUCAUGCAGAGUUCAGCUCCAGCACUCCUGGAUCAACUGUUCAGAUGCUGCUGAAGGCCUUGAUUAACUGGAUCAGGUGUAUGAGAUAUCCAGUAUGAGACUGGAAACAAACCUUGUAGGGCUGUAGAUAUCCAAGACAGAACACCCAUUUUAGCAUAUCUUCCAUUGUCCUCUCAUGCAGUUUUCAGUAUUUCUCAGCUUAGCUGCACUGCUAGAAUAAACAGUUUUUUAAAAAAUGUUUCUAAGGGAUUCCAGUAGAACAUGAUUCUGUAUAAUUCAUGCAUGCCUUCUAGCGCACAUAAUACUAAACCACCUCAGUGCACAACAUGCAACUGUCUGCUGUGCUAAAAAAAAAAAAAAAAAAAAAGUAUGUCUUGACACAAUGAGGAACAAUAGAUUAAAUUAUUUACUUUCAUAUAUCAAUGAAAAAACGUCAUUAUAAGUUGAGUUUACCCCCAUUUACCCCAUUUAGUAUGAUUGUUUUCUAAAUGUCUACCACAUUUCCAAAUACUGGUGUAUGUGCUGGAAUGACAUCAUCACUGUUACAGUGUUUUUAUAGGUUCUGAUGCUUACUUUGUAGCGGUAGCUGUCUCACAGUUAGAUAAUUAUUUUUUCAUCUGUAUAAAAUAUGUAUUACUGUCUAUGUUUAAUUGAAAUAUAAUGACAUCUAUUAUCAGUAUCAGGUGUAUCGCUCAAGUGCCUGUGAUGUUUAUAAUUUAUACUGGAAAAGAUUAUAUAUAGCAAAAAUUAGAACAGCAAUAGGGAUAACAGAAUGCACAUAUAAGAGCAAUAGAGAUAAGAGGACAAUUACCACUUUAUCUAAAAUGAGUGUGAGGCCUUAGGAAUGUGAUGUCUGUAUUUAUGGAAUUGAAUGAUAUACCUAUGAAACAGGUCUGUGUCUUUCUCUUAUGUUUAUUCACAUUUUUCACAAUUCAUUUUAAAAUGUACUUACUUUUUAAUGUAAGCAAGUUUAAGCUUUUAGUGUUCAUAGUCCUUUUCCCAAAUGUGGUAUUUUAUAACAAUAUAUUAAUUGUACUAUUUUUUGCAUUUUAAUGUGUAUAAAGGAAGAACAGUCUUACAAAUACAACAAAUUUUAGACCAAAGCUAUAUUAACCAAACAGAAGUGUUUUUCUCCACCCUCAUAAUUCACACCACUACUGCUACUUAGACUAUGUUAUGAACUGAUUUAAUGAAAUGCUUUUUCUCAAUGUGUGCAGUUUAGCCCCAGUCACAAGGACCAAUGGUCUGCAGAAUCUUCUGUCUUGGAAGCAGUUCUUUUUAAAACACUGCAUUUCAUUCUCUGAACUUUAAAUCCUGAAACCUGACUGUUUUAAGGACUCAAAACAGUGAUUAAAACUAAUCCCCUUUAGCACACCCUUUUCCAUAAACCACACCAUUCUUAAGCUCAUUAUGCAUGUGAAAGAUACUGCAGGGGUUUUAGUAUGAGUGUUGCUCUAUAAUCUUAAUGUUAUCUUUUUGCUACAGGAGCUAUGGAGUCAGUCAGUUCCAUUGGUUCUUUUUAAUGGUCUAAUUAUUGUAACUAUUGUGACUAGUGAUGAGGCACAAGACCAUUAGUGUACUUGCAGAACACAGAUUAACUUUACCAAUGACCUUGUUUGGAAAUCAGGAAAUGCUUUUAUUGAAAAGUGUAAAAUGAGCUUUAUUAUACAGAUGGAGAUCUAACCCGAAAGAUACAGAGCCCCACCCCGACAGCAACCUCAAAACAUCCUACAUUUUACUGCUUUAUAAGUUUUUCAGUACCAAAUUCUCCACCUGUAGAUUAAAAAAAAAAAAAGAUUUAUAUUGACAAUACAAACACUACUACACAUCAAACUUGAGUCUGGCCUGUGGAUGCUUUAACUUUCUAGAGGAGACAAGAGGCAGAAAGACCUGGAGGACCACAUGUCAAAGGUUUUAUUCCUGAGAUUAGUUACAGUUCAGCAAAACAAGAAAGACUAAACAAAGUGAAAAAUAAACAAAUUACUACCCUUAACUGCAGAACAUACCCUCUGCAUUCCUUAGGCAACACUACAUUCAGAGCCAACUCACAUGCACACAAAUAUACAUUGUACAAGUGUGUGCACGCACACACACACACAAUCAGUGAAGUCAUGGUUAUUCAAAUAAACUUCAGUCAGGUUUUACAUCAUUUAAAGUUUGUAAUCACCCAGAAGUACAUCUUGAACAGAGGAAGCACCCUUGAAAUGUUUAUUUUUCACAAAAUUUAAGUAACAUUCACAUUAGAACAAGAUUUAGAACUCUACUCACCUAAGAGUUCAAAGCCUAUAUUUAGCCAGUUAAUCCACCCCAUUACUUCAGCCCUAAUGCACAUCUCCAGAUAUGGCUGUUAUUGAUGCAGACUUUU